AUGGGCGCGGACAGACGCGCUUUCCUUUCCGUCUGCCAAGUCUCGGGCCGCCCCGUGUCCUCGGCCCCGUGGCGCUGCAUCCGCACGCCCGGCGCCCAGGCCGGCUGCAGGAGGCGCGGGAGCAGCGGGGACCGGUCGGGGGGCGCCGGGCACGCACCGGGCGCCCCCGGCCGCUCUCCCCCGGCGCGGCGGCCAAGAGGCCCCGGAGCCCGGGGGUCCCGCGUUCCCGCGCUCCGCCACCACGUGCGGCUGUCCGGCCGGCCGAGAGCGGGGGCCGCGCCCACCCCCGGCCAGCGCGGGGACCGACUCGGCCGGACCCGCCCGCGCCUGGACGCCGAGUCGCGCGCCCCGCCUCCGCGGGCGGGCCCCGCGGACGCCCCGCCCGGCCCGCCUGCGCCUGCGCGCCCGCCGCUCCCGCCGCGCAUCCUCGGCUGCGGGGACGCGGCCCCGCGGCCGCCCCCCGCCGCGAGCGCGGGCCCCGGCGACGCGCGGCGCCUGGCGCCCCCGGGGCGGAACCCCUUCGUGCACGAGCUGCGCCUCGGCGCGCGGCACAAGGCCCAGCUGCUCCUGAUGUCGCUGACCCUCUUCCCCGUGCGGCUGCUGCUGGCUGUCCUCAUGAUGCUGCUGGCCUGGCCCCUGGCCCUUCUCGCCUCGCUGGGACCUGAGGACCAGGAGCCCCCCACAGACCCCGCCCUGUGGCGGAAGGUGGUGGAUGUCCUGCUGAAGGCCAUCAUGCGCACCAUGUGGUUCGCCGGCGGCUUCCACCACGUGUCCGUGAAGGGGCGCCGGGCACCGCCCACCGAGGCCACCAUCCUCACGCUGGCCCCUCACUCCUCCUACUUUGACGCCAUCCCCGUCACCAUGACCAUGUCGUCCAUCGUCAUGAAGGCAGAGAGCAGGGACAUCCCCAUCUGGGGCACCCUGAUCAAGUACAUCCGGCCUGUGUUCGUGUCGCGCUCGGACCAGGACUCCCGGAGGAAGACGGUGGAGGAGAUUAAGAGGCGGGCCCAGUCCAACGGGAGGUGGCCGCAGAUAAUGAUCUUUCCAGAAGGGACUUGCACCAACAGAACGUGCCUGAUCACCUUCAAGCCCGGUGCCUUCAUCCCGGGGGUCCCUGUCCAGCCCGUCGUGCUACGCUACCCCAACAAGCUGGACACCAUCACGUGGACAUGGCAGGGACCUGGCGCGCUGGAGAUUCUGUGGCUCACACUUUGCCAGCUGCACAGCCGUGUGGAGAUCGAGUUCCUGCCUGUGUACCACCCCUCGGAGGAGGAGAGGAAUGACCCGGCGCUGUAUGCCAACAAUGUGCGUCGCCUCAUGGCAGAGGCCCUGGGUGUCCCUGUCACCGACUACACCUUCGAGGACUGCCAGCUGGCCCUGGCUGAGGGACAGCUCCGCCUCCCCGUGGACACUUGUCUUCUGGAAUUCGCCAGGCUGGUGAGGGGCCUGGGGCUGAGGCCCGAGAAGCUGGAGAAGGAGCUGGACCGGUACUCCGAGCGCGCCCGGCAGCAGGGCGCUGUGAGGAUGGGGCUCCCCGAGUUCGCAGCCUGCCUGGGGGUGCCCGAGUCCCCGACCCUGCGCGACCUGCUGUGCCUGUUUGACGAGGGCGAAGACGGCAAGAUCGACCUGCGUGAGUACGUGGUGGCCUUGUCUGUCGUGUGCCGGCCAUCCCGGACCCUGGACACCGUCCAGCUGGCGUUCAAGAUGUACGGCCGCCCUGAGGAUGGCAGCAUCGACGAGGACACCCUGGCCCGCAUCCUGCAGACAGCCCUGGGGGUGGCCGAGCUGCGCGUGAGUGACCUCUUCCAGGCCAUCGACCACGAGGAGAAGGGCCGCAUCACGUUCGCUGACUUCAGCCGGUUUGCAGACGUGUGCCCCAACUUCGCCGAGGAGUACCUGCACGCAGAGCGCCGUGUGCCGGGCGCCCCCGCCCUCACCCCCAACGGCUUCUGUGCCGACUUCAGCCCUGACAGCUCGGAUGUGGCAGCACAGGCGCCUUCUGACAAGAAACUGGACUAGAUGGGAACCUUCUGGAGCCUGCUCCACCAGCUGCCCUGCCUGGGGCGGGGCCCAGCGGGGGCCCCCAGAGCCCGCGUCCUG